UCCCAUCCACCUUUACAUGGCAACAGAGUGUUCUACAAAACACUCUUCAACCGUUCACACAGGCACUUGUCCAAUCAGAGCCGUGAGACGUUCCUUCUUCUUCUAGAAGUGUCCUUGGUUCUCAUGCUGUUUAUCUUGCUCCACAGCUUCUGCUCUGAACAGUUUUUCUUGUAUUCCCACAACAGACUCUUCUUGGAAAGGCAGAAAUUGCCUUGAAAAUUUUGUGUGUGUACUUACAAAUAUGUAUAAAAUUACAUAAUUGUAUAAUAUACUUAAAGAUAACUUGAAGACUACCUUUAGAGCCUCUAGCAAAAUUCAGCAGUUUCCAAAACUCUACUUUAAGAUUUUCCUGAAGUCAACUUUAAGAUUUAGUGGCUAGCACACUUUAAGUCUUAUCUAAAGCUGACUUGAAGACAAAGUCCUCAAGUCAACAUUAAGACUUUCCUUGUCUCCAGGAGAUUUAAUCAUUUCCUAUGAUCAAAUCUAAGAUUUUAGUCUCCAGUAGAUUUAGAGAGUUUCUUCAAAAUGACUGUAAGACUCUAAACCAUCCUGAGAUUCCCUUUCAACACGGCAGUGGGCAAUGGGCAAGACCAGCCCAAAUAUAGGAAGACAAUUUGCCAUGCUUUUUGAGCCAUACUCAGCUUAUUCAGUAGUUUGGGCUGAAACACCACUAGCAGCAAAAUCUCAGAUAUAUAAUGCCAAACACUGCAGUACACAAGACUCUGAAGGUUAUAGAAAGCUCUACACAGGUUCCUCAAAUUGCACAUGGAGGAGCCUGGGGUGAGCAUAAACAGGCAGGGACAAUUGCCUUCAGGUAUUUCACCUUAUUCAUCUUUUUCAGCUCUGAUGAAAGCAGGGAGAAGGAGAUGAUUGUCUCCCUCUACUUCGCUCUUGUGAAGCCCCAUCUGGAACACUGCAUUCAGACCUGUGGCCACAGCUCAAGAAAGAUGGAAAAUGAGUAUAGAUGAGCAGAGCAGAGUCUUUGGAAAUUUUUGUGGAUGUAAUUUUUUAAUAUCUUUUUCAGCUCUGAUUAAGGUUCUUUGUGGAGUCCCACAGAAGAAUGUUUAGGGAUAUUAUUACUAUUUUAAGAUUUGGCCUCGCUGAAAAUUGUAACCAACAAACUAAUCACGGGAAGAACAGCCUACAAAAACAUGGCUUCAGUUGCUUCUUGUGCUUUCAUCAGAAACAAAGGCAUUUUUUGCUUCCCCUCAUGCUCACGUAGCUUUCACAGAUUUUCUGCAAUAAAGCUCCAUCAGUGACUUGCUCCCUUGCAGAGGAAGGAAGGUUACAACUCCACUGGUAUGUACCAUUUAUCAGUUAUUUCUCUCUUUAUGAUAGGAAAAACGCAACAUGUAACAUUCACAGAAUGAUUUCCUGUUCUGCUGCAGAUAAUCUCUCUGCCCUCCACUUCUGAGAUGGUGAGUAACAACCCUGCUUCAGUCUGCUGUUUUUUUUUCAUCAAGACCCAAUAUUUCACAUGCACAUGCUCUUUCCUAAACAUGUCCACGUUCAUGUGUUACCCUUCUCCCUUUGUGUCUAUUAUCUCACAGUUUGCAGUCCCGUUUCUGUCUUUGUUCAGUUCUCUCCUGUUGUAAGAGGAGGAUUUUUUGAUCGUUACAAAGCAGGGCUCAAAUGACUUAGAUUUGGGUAUUUCCAUGGGCUGCAUUAAGUGAUUUGUGGGAAAAGGUGAUGUUUUCAGUUGUGUCGUAAGUUGUGGUUGUUUGUUUUUUCAUUUUUAAAAUUGCAACCCCCUUUCCAACCUAAAAGCUCAUGGAGAACAACAUUAAUGUGGAUACUCUGCAGCUCAUAAAGGAAAAGGCUAUGAAAUUUGCUGCUAAAAGCAAACCCAUACCCUUUGAAGUUCUAUUUCCAGCAGCUGCAGAGAGCACAGCUGUCCUUUGUCCAUGAGGUAAUCCAGCAGAAGAGGCAGCAGGGACCACGUCCCUGGUGUCGCAUCGGUGCUGCAUUAAAACCUUGCCAUGGCUACAAGCCCAGCUGGCUGCGAGAUGGUCCUCACACCCUCCCCAGGUCUUAUUAUCACUGAGGUUCCUUCCAGUCCAGUUCCAGUCCAGUUUUGCAGGGAGAGUAGAUGACCUUUCCAUCAUUUCUGUUGAAGUGACAUGCCAUCUCCGAAGGAUAGCAAAAAACAAAGUAAGUUAUGCUUGACUUCCAGUCUGUUGAGGCACAGGUGAAAGAUGAGAAAGGGAGAGGCAGCAAGGAAAGUAAUUUAGCAACUCAUUUGUUUUCUGUAUCUAUGAGAACAUUUGUUUCUGAAGUGCAUCUGUCUUAAAAGAUUUGACUUGUUGUGAAUGGCAAAUAAAAGCUUCUCACUGAUGCAGUGUAGCUGGGAUUAAGAGAACCUCUCCAACAGACAAUGUGGUUCCCUGACCCCACUGGUUUCAUAACAUCUAUCUAAUAGUAGUGGCAACAAACUCUUUUUCAGUUCCAGGUGAAGGCUGCCUGGCUUGUUUAAGGGGUUAUAGCCUGUGCUUGGUAAGAGCAAGGAUGCUGCCUACCUAGAUUCCUGCUUGGGGAAAUAGCUUCUGCCUCUAGCAUUUAUGCUGGCAUUUCUUCAUUGCCACAGUGUGUGGAGGUUAAAUUUGGGCAAGACUUGCUGCUCCUUCCAAGAAACUGCUGAGCUUUUGCUUUACCUGUUGGCUGCAGUGAUUCCACUGGAAUUCUGCAGAAUCAUGUAGGGUCAGUGAGAGCUUGAAAGUGUCUGUGUCAGUGAGUUUAGCAAGCUUCACCUAAAAAUCCACAGUCACUUUUCAUCAGGGAUGUAAACCAUGGGCUUAGGCACUCUAGGUCCUUAGAAAGGGAGAGAAGAGGCAAGUGCAGAAGAUACAUCAGAUCCUAGAGGAGAUGUCUCCUGUUUCAGAAGUGACCCUUCAACAUGUCCUCUUCCCACCUACAGCAGAAGGGUCUUUGAAGAGGUGAUUCAGCUUACUCAGAUUUGCUUCUCCAAAAGUGUGGUAAUGGAUGUGUGCUGCUCACCCAGUCUAUAUUUGUUGCACUAAAAAAAGAGAAACGAUUGUAAAUGAUGUCCACCUUAAAAAUGGACUUGAGAGGACUCAGAUUGGCACUUAGGCUACUAAACAGGGCUGCAAAUUCUUCCAGCUGCAAGGUCUGGUUAAGCAACGGGGAAAGGAAGCUGUGUUUUUGUGUAUGUCCAAAUUCAGCCUAAUUUGUUGCCUCAUUUAUUUUCUGUAUCUAUAUAAAAAAUUUAUUUUUGAAUUGCAUUUGGUUACUCAUCCUGAAGGGCUCCUAGUGUUUUCUUGCUGACUUGUUUUCUUUGGGGUUAUUUGGACCAAAUGUUGACAUUUCAGUUUCACUGUGUUUUUGGUCUACACAGCAUUGGAAUCUGCCGUCAUUUUGGUGAGUUCUGCCUGCAUGUCUCUUUGUGGAUCUCCUAUUGUAAGUAGAAAUAUGAACGAAAAUUUAUCCUUUCUCAAGUUCAUGUUGAAAGGAGUAAAAGUUGCUUUUGGAAGUUUAAGUUAAAUGCAUUUGGAGGAAUGUGUUCUGCGGCACACAUUUGAAAGCAAUUUAAAUUAAAAGUGUAUAUCUUGAACAAAAAACAAUUACAUGGUCAUUAAUUCUAAAAAGUUUCACUGUGGAAAAUAUUCAAUCUACAGUUUCAUCAUUUAAUUUCAAUUCUAAAAGUGAGCUGACUGACAGAAGAGUCUUCCCCCAUCUCUCACGUCAUGUAAAGCAUUUAUAAGGAAGGAAAAGAUGUGGAGUAACGUGCAAUAGAAUGUCAAAACAGAAUCCCCUGUCCGAUCCCCAUGCUUCACUAAGGUGUGUAUCUCCUGCUUAUUUUGCAUGAAAUGAUGUUUUCUCUCAGCUAUGCAACACAUAAAACUCUAAUUGACCUUUGCUUCAAAUAUUUUAAAAUGUUUAAAAGAACCAAUUUUACAUAGGUUCAUUCUCGGCUUCUCUCGAAUGGAGAACUUCUCAUGGAAUUAGCGUUGCAGAAAUUCCUGUUCCAUGUCCUUAUCAACUGUUACGUCUAACUAUGCACUAUGUCACUGCUUGCUCCUUUUGAUAUUGUGUGUAAAAUAAUUGUGCUACCACAAUGUCUCUUGAGCAACGAACUGAUAGACAGUGCUGAGCUGGGGGGGCAAGAUGAAGGCAGGAAAUGCUUGAAGAAAACCACACUGCUGUGACUGAGUUCGUUCUCUUGGGUUUCACUCACCGUUGGGAGGUGAAGUUACCUUUGUUUGGGCUCUUCCUGCUCAUCUAUGUCACCACGCUGGGGGGCAACGCUGGCAUCAUCAUACUCGUUCGGCUCAAUGCCUGUCUUCACACCCCCAUGUACUAUUUCCUGAGCAAUUUAUCUUUCUUAGACCUCAGCUAUGCCUCCACCAUUGCUCCCAAGCUGCUGGUGAAUCUCGUAGCGCAGCGCACCAACAUUUCCUUCUUUGGUUGUGCUACGCAGAUGUUUCUCUUUGCUGCUCUGGCUGAUGCUGAGUGCUUCCUUUUGGCUGUGAUGGCCUAUGACCGCUACGUGGCCAUCUGUCAGCCUUUUCUCUACUCCGUUGCCAUGUCACGCUGGGCCUGCGCCUCCAUGGUAGCUGGGGCUUAUCUCAGCGGGGGCCUGACCUCGCUGGUGCACACGUCUUUCACGUUCACCCUGUCCUUCUGUGGCUCCAACACCAUCAACCACUUCUUCUGCGACAUUCCCCCACUGCUGGAGCUCUCCUGCUCAAGCACCACGGUCAACGAAGUGCUUCUCAUCACCUUGUGCGGUUUCAUACAAACCAGCUCCUUCCUGGUCAUCGUCAUCUCCUACGCCUGUAUCCUUGGCACCAUCCUCCAGCUCCAUACAGCAGAGGGCAGGCACAAGGCCGUCUCCACCUGCAUCUCUCACCUCAUGGCUGUUGGAUUCUUCUAUGGCUCCCUCCUCUUCAUGUACUUACGGCCCAGCUCCAGCUACUCAUUGGACACCGACAAGCUGAUUGCUUUGUUUUACACUGUCAUCCUUCCCAUGCUGAACCCCGUGAUUUACAGCUUGAGGAACAAGGAGGUGAGGGAAGCCUUAAGAAGGUCACUAGAGAGAAAAGUGUUUUCUCAGUCAUUUACUUAGCAGGAAAAACUACAUGUAAGUGCUGAUAGGGUAGCUCUGGCUCAUCGCUGCGCAGUCAUUAAAUCUGUCUAACUCCUGUUCCUGUUUUUCCUAUCAUCUCCAUCUUAACUGGUUUCCACAGUUGUAUUUUGUUGUUGCUGGAAAUAAAAAAGGGGUUAUGUAGUGAGUAUUUUCCUAAGGCAGAAACCUAAAAUAAGGCUAAUUUUUAUUUCAAGAACCUAUCUGUCUGCUCUUUCACCAAAGGGAAUCACUCCAAGAUAUGGGCAUCUACAGUUUUACAUUUCUUACAUUUAGCGAGGUUACCUUCAACCUCCAUAUUUCAUAGAUGAAUCCUCUGUCAUGCAUUUAAGAACUUACAGUUGGUUGUUAAAAAUAGAGCAAUUGUAUUCUGGAUUAAGCAGCUCACCUGUACUUUUUGUAGAGGUAUUUUGUAACACCUAUUCAGAGGCAUGACUGUGAUCCGUCUUUUCUGGAAAGUGAGUUAUGUCUACUUUUGACUGCAGAUGUUUAAACUGAAUAAAGUAAUUGAAAACUUUCA